AUAGCUGUAUAUGUCAUUUAGUGGAUUAUGAUGGUAAGAGUGCUUCAUGAUGAAUAUGCCUGUGAAAACACCUGUUCCACCCAAAACUAGCUGGAAACCUGGUAAAGUAAAAGUAGUCAGAGCAUUAUACAAAUAUACAGCGCAACAAGCAGAUGAAUUAUCUUUCGACGAAGGGGAUAUACUUUAUGUUUAUGAAAAAGAUAUAGACAGUAAUUGGUGGAAAGCUAAAUGUGGAAGUCGUGAAGGCCUUAUACCUGUUAAUUAUGUCGAAGAACAAAUGGAAGAGAUUUUAUUGCCAUUACAUGAAGCUGCCAGACGUGGAAAUGUUUCCUUUCUAAAAGAAUAUUUAAAACAAGGGGUAUCAGGAACUGGUUUAGAUGCAGCAGGAAAUACACCAUUGUAUUGGGCUGCGUGUACUGGUCACAUUGAUUGUGUAAAAGAACUCCUCUCUUUACCAAAUUCUGCGAUCAAUGCACAAAAUAAAGUGGGAGAAACACCAUUACAUAUUGCAGCCAAUCAUGGACAUUUAGAUGUUGUGAAUUUAUUACUUAAAAAUGGUGCUGAUCCAUUCAUAAAAAAUAAUGAUAAACUCACAGCCAAAGAUUUGUCUUCAAAUAUAGCUAUUAAAAAUGCAUUACAAUUAAACCAAUUACAUCGUGAUAUAAAAUGUGGAUAUACAGAUGAUGAUUAUAAUGAUGGAAGCGAUUCGGAAUAAUUUUGUAUUAAAAUUUAUAGAAACUUAAAAAAUCAAAUGAAAAUUUUAAAUAAUGUUUUUUUUUUUUUAAA